AUGUCUGGUUACGCAGUCCGAGAGGACCGCAGUCGUCCUGCGUACGCUUGUCCAGCGUCCGCGGACUGUGUAUACGCGCUGGAUGCUGCCACACACUCGGCGAGGCGGAAGCUGCUGUCGUUUGCACAGUUUUGGGCGCAUCAGCGUAUGCACCAGCACCAACCUAACGAAAAAGAAAUCGAACAAAGUGUGAAAGGGGUGGAAGCGCGUCCGGCUUGGACCAGGAGCGCUGACGAGGAACGGUGCGCGCCCUGGGAGCAGCGACUGGACAGGGCUUUCCACUGGAACAACCACGGCCGCGCCGACCUUGACCGGAACGCGUACCUUUACGGGUUAGUUAUGGGCGACGCGUUAUAUCGCGAGAAGGCGUGGCUAUCCGUACGAGGGACAGAAUGGGCUCGGACCGCCGACAACGACGAGGUCCGCGGCGUCUACCGAAACAUACGUUGUGACUGGGCGCCUUGCGGCGUGAUGCUGCGUGACCUCACGGAACUAGCAGCACACUGUCUCACGCACCUAGAUACCAAGUAUCACGUUCCGCAAAGCGUUCGGACACAGUUUGGUCCAGGACAAGCUGUGGACAUCCUCGACGGCGAGAUGAUCUGGUAUCCGGCGCGCAUCAUAGAUGCAAGUCCGGGUCGUUUUCUAAUUCGUUACGACGACGAACAGUGGUCACAGGAAGAAUUCGAUGAGUGGGUUUGGCGAGACAGUCCCCGCAUUGCCCCGCGCGGCUACUACACUGCAAGCAAACGAAGUCUUCCGCAGGGCACAUAUUUGCCUCAGAACAACGCGAAUCCUCCGCGAGACGAAGGCAAAACCGCUGCGAUAGAUGCUGUUUCACAAGGGCGUUAUCGAGUUAGACAUUAUACAGGACGAGCAAACCGCAAACGAGCGUUGAAUGCUUCCUUUUAUCGCCGUUGA